CGCACAGUCCCGCAGCCUGCCGCCACACAAUAGACACGGAGAACAAUAGCCGCGCGCUGCUCGUUAUCCACAACAGCACAUUCAUGCGGUGAUCUGCGGGCCCUACAUCCUGCGGAGGGUUAUCACCCAGAGUGGAUUAAAAACCCUGCUCCUCCGGUACAGUGAGCGGUUUGAGGUGCGCUGAACCCCCCCGGGAAGGAGAGGAGAGGAACACGUUGUAACGUGCAGAGGAGGGAGAGCGAGGUAGACUCACAGAGAGAGAGAGAGAGAGAGAGAGAGGGGGGGGGAGAGAGAGAGAGAGAGAGAGAGAGAGAAAGAGCAGUGAAUGGGCACGACUCACUGCGCCCUUCACUUAUCGAUAUCGAUCAGUUUGGUAAUCGAGUCAUUAAACCCACAGCGGGUCCGUUCGGUUAGCCCGGGAGCUAGCCAGAGCACCAGGGGCUGCCACGAUGGGACGCGUGUGAAGCAGCCCGCAGCUAACAGCAGCCUGGCGGAGAAAGGAACAAGGAAGCGGACGGCUAGCUGCGCUGCACCGAAGCUAACGCUGGCUAACUGUUGGCUACUAUUAUUUCUAAUGAGCGACCGAGGAGCAUGCGACCUGAUACGAAGAGCUGACUUGUUUGGGGAUGUCGGGCAGUAAGGCGCUGGGCGGGGGGGCUGGCGGGGGGGCGAGGCGCAGGCGGACGCGGUGCCGGCGCUGCCAGGCCUGCAUGAGGACGGAGUGCGGAGAGUGUCACUUCUGUAAGGACAUGAAGAAGUUCGGAGGGCCCGGCCGGAUGAAGCAGUCCUGCCUCCUGAGACAGUGCACGGCGCCCGUGUUGCCUCACACAGCCGUGUGUUUUGCGUGUGGUGAGGCAGGGAAGGAGGACACUGUGGACUCAGAGGAGGAGAAGUUCAGCCUGUCUCUGAUGGAGUGCACCAUCUGCAACGAAAUCAUCCACCCCAGCUGCCUCAAGAUGGGCAAAGCCGAAGGAAUCAUCAACGAUGAGAUUCCAAACUGCUGGGAGUGUCCGAAGUGCCACAAGGAAGGCAAGACCAGUAAGGACCAGGCGGACGGCUCGGGGAAGCGCAGGCUGGAUAAUGGGGAGGUGGGCCGCUGGAAGCUCACCGAUGACCCUCCACCUAAAAAGAAAGCCCCUCCCUCCCUGGAGGAUGGGGGGAGGAUGGAGGGGGGGCACAAGAGGAAGAAGGAGAAGGAGCUGCCUCAGGACAGCGGGCCCAAGAAGAAGAUGAAAGGCGCCCAUGAAAAACGCCUGAAAAAGAAACCCAAACAGGAGGCGGUGGAGUCGAACGGUCCCACCUCCUCAGCUGGAGCAGGAGCUGGAGGACUGCAGGGCUCAUCUACUUCUUCUCAGCCUGGAGGAGGAGGCGGUGGGGGAGGAGGGGGAGGAGCAGCGUCGAGUGCAGACCAGCGCUCCCAUCACAGAGAGAAACUGGAACGUUUUAAGAGGAUGUGUCUGCUGGAGCGUCGGCCCGAGUCCUCCUCAUCCUCCUCCUCCAGCUCCGAGUCCGACUCCGAGUCCGACUCAGACGACUCCCUGAGGGGGGAUCAGGCGGGAGGCUCCUCGCCCUCGUCCUCCUCCCCCGCCCCACCUCCUCCUGUUGUCUAUGGCAACAGCAGUGGGGGCCGGGCGGAGAGGGAGAGGAGUCGCAGUGAGCGGGAGAGAGAGAGGGAGAAGGAGAGACGUCUGGCCAAGCUUGGCUUCAGCGCUAGCGAGGAGUCUGAGGGGGAGGGAGGGAGGGGGGAGGAGGAGGAGCGAGAAGAGGAGCAGGGAGGGGGAGACAAGGCCCGGCGGAGAGGAGGAGGAGAGGCGGGGUUACCCCUACGAGGACGUAAAGGAGGGCUGGUGGAAGGAGAGGAGGAGGACACGCCCACCUCCGACAGGACCAGGAAAAACUCAUCCUCCCUCCCCUCGCCUUCACCCCUCUCCUCCAAUCAGAUGCCUCCGUCUUCACAGCAUGAUGGCUUCACAGGGAAGCAGCGCAGCAACGGGCAGGAGGCGCGCAAUGGACGGACACGAGGAGGGACGGGAGGGGGGAGGGAAGGAGGGGAGAAGGAGAAUGCCAGCGGGGUUCUGACUAAUCACAGACACAGUGGGGGAGGAGGGGGUGGGAGUAAAGGCAGUGGGAGUCGUGGCAACAAGAUCCGUAGCAACAGCAAGAACCAGACGUCCAGGAACAGCAUCUCCUCCUCCUCCUCCAUCCCCACCUCUAAUGGGGGAGGGGGGGGAGGCCCGAUGAUGUCAGUGAUGGCAGCGUCUCCCUGUUCCCAGCCGUCCCGCCUCGCCCCGCGCUCGCAGAUGAUGAAGCGAAGCCCCCCGGCUGUGCCCUCGCCCCCCCGGCCCGUUCAGAUGGAGAGACACCUGGUGCGCCCCCCCCCCACCUGCCCGGAGCCCAGCUGCCUGCCUCUGGACUGCGGCGCGUCCCACAUCAUGACCCGGGACGUGUGGCUCCGAGUCUUCACCUACCUGAACCACCGGGAGCUGUGUGUCUGCAUGAGGGUCUGUCGCACCUGGAGCCGCUGGUGCUGUGACAAGAGGCUGUGGACUCAGAUCGACCUGAGCCGGCAGCGCUCCAUCACCCCCCCCAUGCUGAGUGGUAUCAUCCGCCGACAGCCCGUCUCCCUCAACCUGGGUUAUACCAACAUCUCCAAGAAACAGUUAAUGUGGCUCAUCAACCGCCUGCAGGGUCUGUUGGAGCUGAAUGUGUCUGGCUGUCCUUGGCCAGCGGUCUCGGCCCUGUGUCAGGCCGUCUGUCCCUGUCUGAAGCUGCUGGACCUCAGCAGAGUGGAGGACCUCAAAGACUCAAACCUGAGAGAGCUGCUAGCCCCGCCACCCGACACCAGGACAGCUCACGGUGAAACCAGAGUGGGGCGUUUCCAGAACGUGACAGAGCUGCGAUUGGCUGGUUUGGACCUGACGGACACGUCGUCUCGUCUGUUGGUGCGUUACGUUCCUCACCUGACCAGGUUAGACCUGAGUCAGUGUGGAAACAUCACAGACCAGACGGUUCACACCCUCACCUCCCCCAUUUCCCCCCUGAGAGAGAGCCUCACCCACAUCAACCUGGCAGGUUGUGUUAAAGUGACGGAGCAGUGCGUCUUGUGGCUGCGUCGCUGCACCUCCCUGCAGACGGUCGACCUUCGGUCCUGCUCCCUCCUCUCCUCUGAGACGGGGCAGCUGCUCUCCUUCCCCCCCCACGCCUCCUCCACCUCUUCCUCCGCCACAUCGUCUUCUUCCUCUGCCACCACCACUGUCGCUGCUUCCUCCUCCUCCUCCUCCACGUCUGCCUCCUCCUCCUCCUGUCCUCCUGAAGACAGAACGCUGCUUAAGAACAGCUAAAGCUCUCCUUCAUAUCACGUGACACUUGGUGCAGACAGCCUGAAAUCCCCGCCUCCCACCUCGUUACACUACAGAGAGGUGAGCAAGAUGAGGAGGGGGAGGAAGAGGAGGACACAUGCAACAUUUCUCCUGAAGCUGGAAAAUGUUUGUUGGAUGGCGAGUAGAGCGAAGAGGAGGAGGAGGAGGAGUUGUCAGUAAUAGUUAAAAAAAAAAUAGAAGACUUGAGCAUGUACAUAUUUGUUCUCUGUACAAUUUUGGGUGUGUGUAUAUAUCUGUAGUUUACUGUAAAUGACCUUUAGCCUUUGACCCCUCCCAUACUCCUUUCCUGCCGUCCUUCCUUCCGUCCUGCCACCCUGUGACCAAUCAUCAUGCCGGGCUUCUGCCUGCUCGUCUGUAGCUGCAGAACAGGGAAACGUGGAAAAUCAGUAUUUCAUGUUGUCCAGAUUUUAGCUGCUGUUGUCUGAACGGUGACAGUACACCUGUGACACGCCCACACAGGAAGUCAAAGAUCCAACGUUAAAGUAACAGUCUGACAUUUGUGUCUCAUGCAGAGUUAGAAGUUGAAAUCACAUGGUUUUGGAGUUGUAGAAAAGCUGGAACCAGGCUAACGGUUUCCUUCUGCUUCCAGCCUUUGUGCUAAGCUAGGCUAAACACGUCUGUGUCACCUGGUAUCCAUCCUGUCACCUGACUCUGGGAAAGUGGAUGGGCGCUUCUGUUCGGUCUGGUACAGCUGAACAAUACAUCAGGCUGAAAUGGGGUGAAAUGUGAUGAAUGGAUGAAUCUGAGUGAAAUGUCGUUUUCCGUUCAGCUGAUUCAGGUUCAGUCAGUCGAACCCACAGCUUCUGCUCAUUUCCCCUGAGUUCAGCAGUUUUUAUCCAGGCUGUUUCAGUAAGCUGUCGAGCUGAACCCUGGACACUGAGACUGACGUCCACGGAACCUGAGAGUGGACACACAAAGCUUUUAAACGUGAAGCUUUAAGGCUGAUGCUCUGCGUGAAACCAGAGACACGUCUGACAGUCAGUCCUGUGGUUUAGUAUUAGUUCAUCAUAAUUAAACUCCAGUGUAUCCCACCUGUGAUGGGGAGCCCCCCCCCCCCCCCGUGUUAAAAGUUAGUGCAGUAUUUCCAACUUGCGUAAAACCAGUUCUGCAGUCGCACAGCCGUCUUACUCCGAUCGAAGAAUCUGAUCCGGGCUGUGAAGACGAGUUUCCUGCAGCUGUGAAAAGUUUAUAGAUCAAAGCUUCAGUGAGGAAACGGUGGAGGGAGAAAUCCCAGCCGUCGCCCAGAGUCCGAGGUCUGAGUACACCGGUUCAUUCAUGGCAGCAGAGUGUGUGUGUGUGUGUGUAUAUAAACCCGACCACUAAGCUUCCAGGCCACACGCAGUGACAGUUCAGAUCUACUCAGCGUCUGAAUCCCCAGAGUUAAUGGAAGUUAAUAGAAGGUCGGUCCCUCUGUCACCAGGCCGCCGUCCUCAGCUGCAUCCCUCCGUCCUCCAGCUUCUUUCAUAAGGAGGUUAGCCCCCCAUCUCACCUGACAGGUGGAGAAGCUCUGACACCUUCAGCUGCAUCCCUCUGUCCUCUGUAUGUCAAAGGUGGCUGAAUUGAUGUUGGCACGUUCUGUCGAGAAGAGCCAAUCUUUACAUUUAUUUAACGUUUCUUGGUAAAUAAGAAGUGAUUGGGUUUAUCAUACCCCCCACGACUUUAGAAGUGGUAUUGCCCUGUGCUCUCGAGCAGAAAUGGUUGUGUCUUCAGCAGCAUCUGUCCACAUCUGUAGCUGAAAACAGCUCCAGCCUGUAAAACCACGUUUAGCAGAGGUGAAUCCAGAUCCAGACGCUGUUCCUGUAAACGGCUCUCAGCCUGUCGCCGUCGCUGCAGGUGAACUUUGGUUCAAGGUGUUUUCCUUCAAGUUCCCUCACACCUCAGGGUGUGUGUGUGUGUGUGCGUGCCUCAUUCAUCCUUUCCCUUUGUUCUUUACAUGCUUUCCCUUCGUGGCCCGUCUGCCCGUGUUCAUGGUCUCUGAUCAGAUUCGUACGGAGCAGUGAUCCAUGGUGUUUUUUCUCAGGAGGAUUUUGUUUUUGUUUUUCUUUGAGCCGGGUUUUAAUUUAUUUUUGUGCCACAGCGUCACCGUCCAUCCCAGAGACAUUCCUGCCUGAUCAAAACCAACUCCAUCUCAGUUUGUCUUGUAAUAUUUCCUACUCCUUUUUGUUUGCAUCAGUCUCGUCCACAUCUGUCCAUGUCUGUCCACGUCUGUCCUGAACAUUACUGUUUGCUGCACUGAUGAAUUUGAAUCUGUUUGCUGUGGGAGCACAUUUCUGCCAGGAAAAUGGAAAAUGUUCAUCAAAAGUUGAAUUGAUUUCUGACUGAUCUCAUUAUCUUGACUUACUGUCUCAUAAUUUUGAAUCAGAACUUGACCCUGAUUCAUCUCGGUUUGGAUUUACACAGCACAGAUACUCUUGAUUUACCAUGAUCUUGACUGUCUCAUAAUCAUGACUCAUCAUAGCCUUAAUUUAAUGCAUCAGAAUUUAAGCUUGGGGUAUUUUUACUUGCUAUCUCAUGAUCUUGGUUGAUCAAAUCAUAAUUUAUUACAUUGAUCUCUCAUAAUCUCAAUUUACUAUCACUUGAUUUUUAAUUGGAUGAUUCAGAUUUCAUAUAGUCCAGAUUUAAAAAGCCAUAAUCCUGAGUUGUCUCAUGAUCUUGGCUUACAUGUAGAUUCCUUUCAUCUUGAUUUAGUGUCGUAGUUUUGAGAAAAAAAAUCAAAAUGGAGACACUCCGCUGUCUGUUCCUAGCGUGUGAUCUGUUUUGAUUUCCUUGGCUGAAAUGGGCUGCCACAGUUUCUCAGGGGCCUCACUUAUGAAAAAUCACGUCAGGAUCAUUGUUGGAGCCAAAAUGAACAAUGUGACCCCAAAAUGCAAGAAAUCAAUGGAAGUGACUGGUUUUGUCAUGAGAAUCAGCUGAUUUGGUCCCAAACACAAACACUGAGCAGAUGUUUCAUAGACGACGCCCUGAUGUUGGUGAAGAAGGAAAAGCUGAGCAGACAUUUCCUCUUCACCUCAGGAUGCUCAGCUCAGUGACUGACUCAUGUUUAUUUUUCUUCACAUGUGAACUGGCUGUCUAACAUGUGAGGCAGCCAUAAAUCAUGGACUGCAGUCAUAAAGAAAAGUACUGAAUAUGAGUUUGUGCUGUUGGCCGACUCCAUGUUAGUCACGCCGCACCAUGAUGUUGCAUCACCUCUGCUGCUCUGCCAUCACAGAAACCCUGAGACUGUAAGUUCAGUGAGGGUGACCGCACCCUGACUCUAGCAUGAGCGGGAAAAUGGAAGAUGUCUGAAGCAAAUUCGUUUCUCAACCUUAGAACUGCAUCGCUAGCAUGUUAUCAGUCUUAGGUAGCAGCUAACACGAGCCAGCCAGUGAGUGUUAGCCUGCUGCUCUUUGUUCAGGGGCCUGCUGGCUGACGGCCGCUCCAUGUCGCACUGCAGUAGAGGUCAUUCAUUAACUAGCUGGUUGGUGUUGACUGUUGCAGGCCUUGGAGCUGCUGGAGUCCAUGAAAUAAAAAGUAUUAGUUAAAUUUGAAAUUGCCAUGUCACCGUGUUGUGCCAUAAACUCACCAGAUCAACGUGUCACUGUGUUCAAGUCUGAAUGGGUCAGUUUUUAUAUUUUACUUUUUGUAUUGUGUUAUGAUUUAGUUGUUUUUUACUGUAAUGUAGGGGUGGACACCUGCAGCCUCGCAUGUCUUAAUGAUGCUUCAAACUUCACCAAGCAACAAGCGAGGAGAUCAGAUCUGAUUGGACAAUAAUCCCUGACUCCUAAAAGCUCUUAUCCAAUCAGAUGCCCUGACAUAUCUCACCUUCUCUAUCUUAGUAAAAACUGAAUGGAUGUUUUAAAGAUGCACUGGAUCAUCAUCACCUUCAUCCUCACCUUUUGCCAAAUGUAGUUUUUGUUGUGAAAAGGAGCAUUUUAUCCUGUUUUUCUUUGUUUUUUGUUCUUUUUUAUUGUUUGUCCAUGAAUCUUCCGUUGUGUUGAUGAAAAAAACGAGGAAGAAGUUGGAACAAAAAGUAAAAAGACACAAAAAGACCAACUCAAGGCAGCUACGUAUGAGUGACUACUGUAAAAUGACUAACUAAUAAAGAAGCAAUGGGUUUGUUUUUACAA